CUCCUACUUGAACUGUGUCUUAAGUUCUAUCAUGGGUUGUGGAAUUGUGCGCUGAUGAGCCAGGAAGUGGAGUGCUCAAGUGACUAAAGAAGAUGGGUGCUAAUGCUUCAAACUAUCCUCAUUCGUGUUCCCCAAGGGUAGGGGGAAAUUCUCAGGCACAACAGACAUUCAUAGGAACAUCAUCCUAUUCCCAUCAAGGUUAUGGCUGUGAAUCUAAACUUUAUAGCCUUGAGCAUGGCCACGAGAAACCUCAAGAUAAGAAAAAGAAAAGCUCUGGCCUUGCUACCCUCAAAAAGAAGUUUAUUAAGCGCCGAAAGUCUAACCGGUCUGCUGAUCAUGCCAAACAGAUGCGUGAGCUCCUCUCAGGCUGGGAUGUCAGGGAUGUCAAUGCAUUAGUGGAAGAGUAUGAAGGAACAUCGGCCUUAAAAGAGCUUUCUCUGCAAGCUAGUUUAGCAAGACCAGAAGCCAGGACGCUGCAGAAAGACAUGGCUGAACUGUACGAGUUUAAAUACUGCACGGAUGUUGAUCUGAUAUUUCAAGAGACUUGCUUCCCUGUGCAUCGUGCAAUUUUGGCUGCAAGGUGCCCAUUUUUUAAGACCCUACUUUCUUCCUCACCAGAAUAUGGUGCAGAGAUUAUAAUGGAUAUCAAUACAGCUGGCAUCGACCUGCCCAUGUUUUCUGCUUUGCUACACUACCUAUACACAGGUGAAUUUGGGAUGGAAGAUUCGAGGUUUCAGAAUGUUGACAUUCUCAUGCAGCUUAGUGAGGAAUUUGGAACACCAAAUUCUCUAGAUGUUGAUAUGCGAGGGCUGUUGGAUUACAUGUGCUAUUAUGAUGUGGUUCUCAGUUUUUCAUCUGACUCUGAACUUGUUGAAGCUUACGGCGGAAGUCAGAGCUGCUUAGAUGAGGAGCUCAGAGCACACAAAGCUAUUAUUUCAUCACGCUCACCUUUCUUCCGGCAUCUACUACAGAGGAGGAUAAGAACCGGAGAAGAAAUUACAGAUCGAACACUAAGGACUCCAACAAGGAUUAUACUAGAUGAAUCUAUCAUACCAAAAAAAUACGUGAGGGUAAUUUUAAACUGUAUGUAUACAGAUUUGGUGGAUCUCUCUAUUUUGCACAGCAGUCCAUCAGUAGGGAGUUUAAGUGAGGUCCAGGCUCUUGUAGCAGGAAAGCCAAGCAUGACAAAGGCUGAAGAAGCUAUGGAACUUUACCACAUAGCACUUUUCCUGGAGUUCAGUAUGCUUGCACAAGGCUGUGAGGAUAUUAUUGCCGAGAGCAUCUCACUGGAAACCUUAAUUGCCAUUCUCAAGUGGAGCUCCCAGGCUUAUGGCUCCAAGUGGGUACACCGCCAAGCACUGCAUUUCCUCUGUGAGGAGUUUUCCCAAGUCAUGACUUCAGAUGUCUUUUAUGAACUUUGCAAAGACCACUUGCAAACUGCUAUCCAGUCAGACUACUUACAGGCAAGUGAACAAGAUAUCUUGAAAUACCUUGUGAAAUGGGGUGAACAUCAGUUAAUAAAAAGAAUUGCAGAUCGAGAACCCAAUUUACUGAGUGGCACGGCUCAUAGUGUGAACAAGCGUGGUGUAAAGAGGCGAGAUCUUGAUAUUGAGGAAUUAAAAGAAAUCCUUUCCCCUCUCUUACCGUUCGUCCGCACUGAGCACAUCCUGCCUACGAGUAGUGAAGUACUGACAGAUUCAAUGAAGAGAGGUCUCAUUAGUACACCUCCUUCAGACAUGCUGCCAACAGCAGAAGGGGGAAAGUCAAAUGUGUGGCUGCGACAAAAAAAUGCCGGAAUUUAUGUGAGGCCGAGGCUGUUCUCACCAUAUGUGGAGGAAGCUAAGUCACUUCUGGAUGAGAUGAUGGUAGAACAAACUGACCUUGUCCGUUUACGGAUGGUUAGAAUGUCCAAUGUACCAGAUACCCUCUACAUGGUAAACAAUGCUGUUCCACAGUGCUGUCAUAUGAUAAAUCACCAGCAAAUGACCAGUAAUCAGUCCAGUCCUCCUUCAGUUGUAGCCAAUGAAAUUCCAGUUCCUCAUCUCUCUGUUGUUAAAGAAAUGGUCAGACGGCUGCAAGAGCUCCGCCAUACUGAGCAAGUCCAGCGAGCUUAUGCUCUGAACUGUGGAGAAGGAGCCACGGUCAGUUAUGAGAUUCAGAUCCGUGUAUUGAGGGAAUUUGGACUUUCUGAUUCUGCUGCUGAGUUGUUGCAGAAUCCUCACAAGUUCUUCCCUGACGAGCACUUUGGAGACGAAAGCCCACUUCUGAGCUUGAGACAGUCAGGCCGAUGUCGUGUGAACAGCACGCCCACUGCAGAAACCAUGUUUACAGACCUAGACUCUUUUGUGGCCUUCCAUCCACCACUGCCUCCUCCUCCCCCUCCUUAUCAUCCACCAGCAACUCCAGUUCACAGUCAGUUCAAAGUUGGAUGGAAGCAAAGAGCCCAGAGUCAGCAUCCCUCACGUUCUUUUUCUUACCCUUGUAACCAUUCACUCUUCCAUGCCAGAACAGCUCCCAAAGCUGCCCUGCCCAAUUAUUUCUCCAGUGUGAAAGGCACACCUCCAGAUUGCACUAACACUACAGGCCUGGGAAGACAGACAGUUGCAGCUGCAGCAGCCGUGGUGGCUGCUGAAAAGCAAGUGGGUAUUCAUCAGCCUGUUCUCAAUGAGCUAAUGCCGGAUAUUGCAAUGGGUGUGUCAACUAUGUCUCUGAAGGACAGGAGGCUGCCAGAGCUUACAGUGGACACGGAGCCUGUUCCGGAAGUUACACCAGGACCACCUCAGCACAUUUCAUGCAUUCAGACAAGGCACAUACAUAGUUCACGGAAGAAACAUUCAGCUGAGCAAAAAUUGGACCCUAGAGAGAAUCAGCAGGAAUAUCCCGAUUUCUACGAUUUCUCAAAUGCUGCAUGCAGGCCUUCUACUCCUUCCCUUGCCAGGCACAUCCCUUUACCUUCCCAAGGUAUCUAUUUUGGCCCAGAUUUAUAUAGCCACAAUAAAGCAUCACCCAACGGCUUAAAAACCACUCAGUUACCUAACCACAUCUCUCCUAAAAAACUAGAAGAUUCUAGGAGAGACUAUGCACUUUCUCAAGAAGGGCAUUCACACAGACAAAAAAAUGAAACGAUACACCUCAAUGUCUUAGAACAACCUCCCCAGCGGCUGGACUUGGCUUUGGCUGCCCAGGAGAACCCUGGGAAUAUAUCCAUUCACGCAAGGGGACGAACAAAAAUGGAAACGGAUUUAACGUACGGCCUAACCUCUAGUAGACCUUCCCUGCCUUUGUACAGGGAAGAAAUCCAUAACGAACCAUCUAGCAGGAGAUUGGCCAACACGGAGCCCCUGGAAAGUGAAGUCCAGAGAAAUGCAGAUCUGGAAAGAGAAGAGGUUGUGAGUAGAGGAAGAAAGUCUCCCGACUUCCUAUACAAAAAAUCUGCCCUCUGAAAACCCUCCACCUCCACUU